AUAAGGAAGCCUCCCUCUUUUUCUGUGUGAGAGCUCAGACAUAUCCCUGUCCCUCCCAACUCUGCUGAAAGAGAUGGGUGUUUACACCUGGUUAUGGCUGUGGGUGUCGAUGGACGUUGGAGUAAUAUGUGGGUUGGCAGAGUCCACCUGUAGGCUUCAGGAGACAAUGCACUCUCAGAGUGUAUAUAAGGAGGGUGAUGUGAUCAUUGGAGGACUGUUUCCUAUUCAUUUACAGCCACCUGAGCCAAACCUGGACUUCACACAACGAGCAGCACCUUUGCAGUGUCAGAAUUUUGAAUUUCGUUCAUACCGUUGGCUGCAGAGCAUGAUCUUUGCAGUGGAAGAGAUAAACAGAAACCCCCAGCUGCUGCCCAAUCUCACCCUGGGGUAUGCCCUGGCUGACACUUGUCUCGCAGAGAGGACAGUGUUAAGCGCUGCGUUGGGGCUGGUAACCGGGAAGGACCCUGUUGUUACGAGCUCUAGGUGCGGCCGCACUCCCAAGGUGCCUGUCAUCGUCGGUGAUACCCGCUCCUCUGGAUCAAUUGUGAUCGCUCGUACACUGAGAGGCUUCGACAUCCCCAUGGUGAGCUAUGCUGCAACAUGCGCUUGCCUUGGAGACCGCCAAAUGUACCCCACCUUCUUCCGCACUGUACCAAACGACACUUUUAAGGCCCGGGCCAUUGCACGCAUGCUGCGCCUCUUUGGCUGGACCUGGGUGGGCAUCGUGAUGGGAGAUGAUGACUACGGCAGGUCUGGUGUCCAGCUUCUGCUGGAGGAGCUGCAGAACUCAGAGGUGUGUGUGGCCUUUUCUGAGGUCAUCCCCAAGGUCAACUUGGAGAAGAGUAUCCCGCGCAUCGUGGAAACACUCAGGCAUUCCACAGCCAAAGUCAUCAUCAUUUUUGCCAGUUGCACAGACAUGAAUGCCCUGCUUAUGGAGGUAGUGAGACAGAACAUGACUGAGAAGCAGUGGAUUGCCUCAGAGUUAUGGAGUACCUCCAGUAUCAACUCCUCUCCAAAAAUCCUGCCCUUACUGCAUGGCACUAUAGCAAUUGACUUGCAGAAGAGAAACAUUCAGGGUCUCAGGUCUUUUCUCACUGGGGUCCGGCCCAAAGAUUUGCCCUCUGACCCCUUUGUGCAGGAAUUCUGGGAGACAACGUUUGGAUGCUCUUUGAGAAAUGACCCCACGCUCUCUCUUUCAGCCAGGCCCCAAUGCACAGGGUCUGAGAACUUGGACGAUGUUGAGAACAUUUAUACUGACGUCUCUCAGUUGAGGACCACUUACAAUGUGUACAAGGCUGUGUAUGCCAUCGCACAUGCCAUUCAGAACAUGCUGUCCUGCCAACCAGGAGAUGGCCCCUUUGAAAAUGGGGGGUGUCCAGAUGUCACCAACCUCCAGCCCUGGCAGAUUCUCCAUUACCUUCGCACCAUCAACUUCACAACACCUGUGGGUGAGGCUACACACUAUGAUGAAAAUGGUGAACCACUGGCCGCUUUUGACAUCAUUAACUGGCAAGUGGGGGCACAGGGGAUGAUGGAGUUUGUCACGGUCGGACAGUUUGACUCUGUGGAUAGAUCUCCCCGCAAGUUUGACAUCGAUGAGAAAAGAGUCAUCUGGGGUGGUGGCCAGAAUGAGGUGCCUGUGUCCAUCUGCAGCAUGCCCUGUCCCCCAGGCACUCGGAAGGCUGUGCAGAAAGGAAAGCCCAUCUGCUGCUUUGACUGCUUACCAUGUGCAGAAGGAGAGAUCAGCAACACCACUGGUUCAACAGAGUGCCUGAAGUGCCCAGAUCGAUUCUGGUCGAAUGCUGCUCGAACAACCUGCAUUCCAAAAGAGGUGGAGUUCCUGUCCUUCCAGGAGACCAUGGGGAUCAUUCUUGCUGCUCUUUCAGUUUCUGGGGUGGUCCUCACAGGCUGUGUCAUUACAACCUUCUUUUUCCACCAGGACACGCCCCUCGUUAGGGCCAACAAUGCAGAGCUGAGUUUCCUGCUGCUGCUGUCACUCUCUCUCUGCUUCCUGUGUGCACUGGCCUUCAUUGGUCGCCCCUCUCUCUGGUCCUGUAUGUUGCGCCACACGCUGUUUGGGAUCAGCUUUGUGCUCUGCAUUUCCUGUGUCCUCAGCAGGACGGUGGUGGUGCUGGUGGCCUUCCGUGCCUCAGUCCCUGGCAGCAACAUCAUGCGGUACUUUGGCCCGGUGCAGCAGAGACUGGCCAUCUCCCUCUGCACCUCUGUCCAGGUGCUCAUCUGUGUGCUGUGGCUGGUUUUGUCACCACCCAUCCCAGCCGAGAUACAGGGAAGGGCUGCCAGAAUCGUCCUGAAGUGUGAUGUGGGCUCAGUGGCUGGAUUUGCCUGUGUCCUGGGCUACAUCGGCCUGCUGGCGGCCAUCUGCUUCCUGCUGGCCUUUUUAGCCAGGAAGCUCCCAGACAACUUCAAUGAAGCCAAGUUCAUCAUCUUCAGCAUGCUCAUCUUCUGCGCUGUCUGGAUCACCUUUGUCCCAGCCUAUGUCAGCUCCCCAGGAAAAUACACGGUCGCUGUGGAGAUAUUCGCCAUCCUGGCCUCCAGCUAUGGACUACUCCUCUGCAUCUUUGCUCCCAAGUGUUAUAUUAUCCUACUGAGACCAGACAAGAAUACCAAGAAAAAGAUGAUGGCUAAAUAAAUGUCAUAAACCUUAGAUUACAUUAGUGUGUGUGAGAAACAUUCAAGUGAGAAUAUUUAUCUGCUUCUGUUUAGAUGUUGGGUUACUGGAGUAUUUACCUUCCAGAGCUGAAGCUGGAAGGCAUUAAAACCCUAUAUUAAGUUAAUGCAGAAAAUUAAGAGAGUAGUAAUACACCUGAAGAUGUUCUAUUGUCCUGUGUAUCUUUGUCCUUCCCUAAACAUAGUUGUCUUGUAACCAAAAAUAUGUAAUCACUAAACCACAUAAACCAUUCAAUUAUUACAAUAUGAAAUGUUGAAUAUUCAAUAAUAAAUAAUUGAAUAAAUAAUUACAGAAACUGAACUGAUAAAAUAAAGCAUCUUUCACA